AUGACGAAGAUGCAAAAAAAAUACAAGAAAGGUGCGUCUGUGAAUUAUACUAGUCGUAAUCAAGCUUUGCGAAAAUUGCAAUUAACCUUAGCUGAUUUUCGACGAUUAUGUAUUCUCAAAGGUAUCUAUCCAGUCGAACCAAAAAACCGGCGCAAAGCAAAUCGUGGUCGUCUUGCAAACAAAACCUAUUAUUUGGCAAAAGACAUACGAUUUCUAACACAUGAACCUAUUAUUGAUAAAUUUCGUCAUAUGAAAACAUAUCUUCGACGAUUAACAAAAGCCAAAGCACGAAAUGAGAAAACAAGAGAAGAAACUUUACGUAACAAUCGUCCUUUCUAUAAAUUGGAUCAUGUCGUGCGAGAACGAUACCCAUCGUUUGCUGAUGCACUCAGAGAUUUAGACGAUUGUUUAACCUUGAUUUUUCUUUUCGCUAAUUUUCCACUGUUGAAAAAACUUUACGAACCACGUCUUCGUUUAUGUCGUCGUUUAUCUGUUGAAUUUCUUCAUUAUGUUAUUACGAGUGGAUCAUUAAAGAAAUGUUUCAUAUCCGUCAAAGGUUAUUACUUUCAAGUCGAAAUUCGAGGUGAAAUCAUUACAUGGAUCAUUCCUCACAAACUUGGACAUAAAAAUCCUGCUGAUGUUGAUUUUAAAAUCAUGGCAACAUUUCUGGAAUUCUAUACCACUCUUCUUGGUUUUAUUAACUUUAAACUAUAUUCCGAUCUUGGUUUAGUCUAUCCGCCUAAGUUAAAUUUCGCCGCAACAACAUCGUUGUCAACGCUUUGUUCAGAAGAUGAAUUUUCUGAUGAAUUUCUUGCUUCGCUCGGUUUGCCGAUCAUGAAAAAACCCGAUACAAAUCCUGUUGAUCAAGUGGAAGUUGAUCAAGAAGCUGCUCAAUUGUUAGGGAAUACCGAAGCCGACGAGGAAAAUCGUCGAAAGGAAGAAGAAACCAAAACAUUACAAAAGCUAUUCUCUAAAUGCAAAUUUUUCAUCAGCCGUGAAAUACCACGAGAAAUGUUCGCAUUCGUUAUUCGUGCAUGCGGUGGAAAUGUUUCCUGGGAUAAAACGAUGUGUCCUGGUGCCACCUACGAUGUUUCGGAUGAAAGUAUUACACAUCAGUUAGUAGAUCGACCAAAAUUGAACGAUAUGGUUGUCAAUCGAGUAUACGUUCAACCACAAUGGGUGUUCGAUUCGAUUAAUGCUCGACAAUUGUUACCCGUGGAUAAAUAUCUUCCAGGCAGUGUAUUACCACCACAUCUUUCACCGUUUGUUGAGGAGAAGGAAGGUGAUUAUGUUCCACCAGAAAGAUUCGGUAGACGUCAAGCAGAGGAAGACGUUGAAGAAGAACCAGUUAAAGAAGUUCCUUCGAUUAAUCUGGUUGAAAACAAUGCUUAUCUUAAUGGUAAUCUCAAACGAAAACGGCCAGAGACAGAGGAAACACCAGCAGUGAAACCUGCCACAAAAGAAGAACGAAAACGAUCAAUGCGUGUUGAAUCUGGUCAAGUGCAAAACGUGAAUGUGUCAAACAUUGUGAAACGUAAAGCUGAUGAAGAAAAACGUCUACGUGAAAUGACCAUCCCGAAGAAACAAAAACGUCUCUAUGAUAAGAUCAAAUUCUCUCAGAAGAAGAAACGACAAGAGGUCGAAAAAUUGAAACGUAAACGUGCUGAUUACGACAAAGCUGCCAAACAGGAAGCUACCAAUGAUAAGAAAAAACAAAUGAAAUUAUCAUAA